GCAGCCUGAGAAAUACCUACACUCAUCCACCUGAAAAAAAAACGUAAAUAUCUUAAAACGCUGAAUGAGCGAAAAGGCUAUUAUUGUAGUCGAAUUAUUAUUUUUUUUUAUAACCUAUGAAGUACUACUUCCCCGGUAACACCAUAUUUAUAUUUAGACCGUUAGAGCAUCCCUCGUCAGCACCGGUAAACCGGAUAAAAGUUUAUAAAUACAAGCUCGGUGGAACGAGCUGCGUCUUCCAGAGUUCCAGCGCCACUCCGCCCACGCUCGUCCUUCCAAAUUCUUCCGUGCUGGCAUCAGGUUCCUGGGGGAAUGGGGCGGAGAGUUGGCCGUAAAUCCUGCAAUGUAAUGCGCAGCGACGAAGUCGGGAACGUGUACUUCACCCCAAAACACUAACACAGAAGGAGCUGUUUGAAGCUUUGAACAGAAGGCUGAAAUUACUUGGGAUGACCGUGAAGUCAUUCAGCGUUUACUAGUAGUCGGAUCGAGCUACGAGUCUCAAAUAGGUUUCCGGAGGUCCAAUGGCAGACCGGCGGAUCGGCUUGACCGGGCCGCCUGAACAAGGCAGGACAACGGCGGCUCGAGCGGUCGCUAUAGCCGAACUGUUACAUCUGGAGAGUUCCAACCUACUGGAACUUUAUAGAAAACGGGAGUCCUUCAUUGCAAAUGUCAUUUCGGGGGACAGUCGUUUGGUGUCCGUUCCUCCUCCUUCCUCCCAGCUGGAGACCCGAGACAAGUUGUGGUGCCUGCAAACGGCGCUGCUCCAUUGCCGAGGUCUGUUGGAGAGAGCCAUCGCUAAAGAGGAUGAAGAACUAGGUAGUCAGAUGGGGGAGUAUGAAACGCUGCGGAAAAUGGUGAAGGAGAGACUCUUAUCUUUGGUCAACACUAUUGGAGAACUCAUUAAAGCCGUGGACAGCCCGGCCAUGGUGACUCCGACUUUGAAUGACAGCUUGGAGCCGGACAACCUGACCGUUUUUGAGAUGAAGCUGUGGGUGUUCCGCGUAUUCACAGAAGUGGACUACUGGGCCAAGACAGCCGUCACUGUCUUGCAAGCUCUCCCGAAAGAGCGUGUGAGGAUCAGUCGUUUGAGGAGUACCAGAAGUUCUCGCAGAUAAGGGCGCAUUGUGGCGUGAGAGGAUAGUAUUUUACACACACAUGCAAAUGUGAAAAAAAUGAUGUGAAGAGCAUUUGUGUUAGUAUGACGGUUCAAGUUAAUUUCGGCCUGCAUGUUUUGCGCUUUUUAAAAAGGGUUUUAAAGUACUAUAACCAAACUCAUUCCACUGCUGUCUGUCUAUAAGAAGCUUGCGACCUUUGUCUAUGUUGCAUAGAAUUAAUUUCACGAUUAAGUGAGGUCAAGACCACACAGUGGACAGUAGUGAGUACAUCUGCAUAGUGUUUCUUGUUUACAGUACUUUAUCUUACAUUAAAUUGCAGUAUUUUUUUUUUUUCAUAUUUUCUUUUUUUCAAUUUUUAAAAUUUAGGAAAAAAUCCACUCAAUGCGUUUUAUUAACUUUUAUUCCCCCAAAAAAGAUUUGUUGCAUUUUCAAUUGGUGUCAACCAAGGGCGUAGGUUUGCAUAGGGACGGUAGGGACAUAACGCUACCAACUUUUCAGUAUCCUCAAAUUGUCCCCACCAACUUUCAGGCUACCUUAUUUGUAUUGUAUUUGUAUAAUGAAUUCUGUUAUGCAGAUAAAUUAAGAUAGUCUUUUUUAUUUUUUUAAAUAUAGAAUUAACCCUACUAUUAUUAAGUGAUAUAUUUACAUUAUUUUCAGACAUACAUUUACCCCUUUUCACUUGCUGAAUACGCUGGACCGUUAUUAUUUUAUUUAAACUCAUGCACAUUAGAUUGGCCGAUGACAUGCCCCACCCUCCCCACACACACACAUACAUACACAUGCACACCCACACAGCCCCGACAAAAAUACAACAUUACAACAACAUGCCACCUCCUCCGACCCCUUUGAAGAGGAGGUAUAUUAGAAGUUUUUUUGGGGACAGCAGCAGCUACUGUAAGGAAUGUAAAAGACUUCAUUGAUGUGGACAUGGGAAACACAUCACUAAUUUUGCUACUGAAAGUCCAACCUGCAUCAGAGUUAGCAUAACAUUAAACUGUGUGAACAUGCUAACCUGCAAAACUUGAGUGGGAAGCUGCUUAAAGAGAAAUGUCCUGUAUGUGUUUUCUGCUGUUAACGUUAUGAGUUUUUUUCAGUUAUAUUUAUUAAUUUAGACACAUAAUGUUGAGUGGUCUAAAGACAAAUGUUUUUUUUUGCAUUCCUGGUCAGUUAAGAGAUUAUUAAUAGGUUUUUAUUUAUUGUGUAUGUUGAAUUUGCUCAUAAAAUCCAGAAAUUUAUUCUGGAAGUUUUCAAGAAUUUUUCUGCAGCAGUUUUCAAAACCAAAGGUUUGAAUCAAACGGUGUAUCACCUGAACCAAUACAUAUGAAGGUUAGUAUAAGUCAAAACAGAUUUAUUUUGCAUUGAUCAUUUGGCCUAUCAAUUAAUUAGGUUCAUACUCAUGAGAAAUGUUUCCCUGAUCCCCGUUCACCCAAUCUGUUUGGGUUUAAUAAUGUCCCUUCCUAAGCAAAAACUGUACAUGCAGGUUAUGCUUUUACAGUAUAUCGUCCCUCCCAAUGUUGAAACCAAACCUACGCCCUUGGUUAACUAUUCACAGAUUUAGGCUUUUUACAGUCUGGCUCAGCCCAAUCUUUUAUAUUUUAUAUCACACUGUAUAGUUUUGUGUUUUACACUGUAUCUGUCUUUGUUUAUUCCAUGAGCGGAGUAAACACUGCCUUGCUGCUGUGUUGUCAUGCAUUUCUGGAGCUAACGCCUUUCAGAGGUGGGCAAAGUAUGGGUGGUAAUAUUUAUUGUCCUCCAAAAAUUGGUUUGAUAAAAAUAUAUAUUUUCACCAUUUUGUAUUUAUUUCUCUUAAGUAAUUUUCCAUUUAUUUCUCAAGUACAGUAAUUCAUUAAUUUAUUAAUUAUUUCUAUUAAUGGUAUAUACAGUAAUUUUCGGACUAUAAACCGCUACUUUUUUGCCUAAUUUGGAAUCCUGCGGCUUAUAGUCCAAUGCGGUUAAUAUGUUGAUUUAUUUUGGUUAAUAGGUAACAGUGUAUUGGACUGUCAUAAGACCGUAUGACAUGACACUGUCAUGGGUAUUAAUGAAAGCUAAUGACAGAUGUCAUUAAAUUACCCAUCCAUCCAUCCAUCCAUCCAUCCAUCCAUCCAUCCAUCCAUCCAUCCAUCCAUCCAUCCAUCCAUCCAUCCAUCCAUCCAUCCAUCCACCCAUCCACCCAUCCAUCCAUCCAUCCAUCCAUCCAUCCAUCCAUCCAUCCAUCCAUCCAUCCAUCCAUCCAUCCAUCCAUCCAUCCAUCAUCUGCUGCUUAGUCCGGCCGGUUAAUUUUGUUACUAACUCCAUUUAUGUCAAGCUCGGAUCUUUUACAUCCAUUCAAAAGUGAUAUAAUUAGCCGGAUGACACUGAAUGACAUCUGUCAUAAGCAUUCGUUAAUGCUCAUGACAGUGUCAUGUCAUAAUUAUGACGGUCUUAUGAUAGUCUUAUGAUGCCGCUGUCAAAUAAAAUGUUACCCGUUAAUAUCUUUUGGUGUAAAUCAGGGCUUUCAAACGAUUAAAAUUUUUAAUCGAGUUAAUCACAGCUUAAAAAUUAAUUAAUCGUAAUUAAUCGCAAUUCAAACCAUCUCAAAAAUAUGCCAUAUUUUUCUGUAAAUUAUUGUUGGAAUGGAAAGAUAAGACUGAUAUAUACAUUCAACCUACUGUACAUAAGUACGGUAUUUGUUUAUUAUAACAAUAAAUCAACAAGAUGGCAUUAACAUUAUUAACAUUCUGUUAAAGCGAUCCAUGGAUAGAAAGACAUGUAGUUCUUAAAAGAUGAAUGUUAGUACAAGUUAUAGAAAUUUUAUAUUAAAACCCCUCUUAAUGUUUUCGUUUUAAUAAAAUUUGUGAAAUUUUUCAAUCAAAAAAUUAGCUCGCCAUUGUUUAUGUAAAUAAUCACACAAUGCUCAUGGUGCUGAAAUCCAUAAAAUCAGUCGCACCCAAGCGCCAGCAGAGGGCGACAAAACACCAAAAAAACACAAGUAACAAGUGGACAUGACACUGUGCUGUCAUUUUAAUCUGUUUGAGCGGGGCUUGUGCAUUAAAUGCGUCAAAUAUUUUAACGUAAUUAAUUUUAAAAAAUUAAUUACCGCCCGUUAACGCGAUAAUUUUGACAGCCCUAGUGUAAAUAUCACAUAAUACAGUGAGGACUACUGCGGUUUAUAGUCCAAUGCGGUUUGUCUAUGAACAAAUGCCGUUUUCAUGUCAAAUUUGGUGGGUGACGGCUUAUAGUCCGGUGUGCCUUAUAGUCCAAAAGUUACGGUAAUAUAAAAAGUCUAAUCAUUUACAAAUGGCCUAUCCCAUUUCACUUAUCCAGUAAAACGAAAAACAUCAAACGUAGCCAAGAUUUGUCUAAUUUCUGGCCUAUAUACCCUGUAGUAAAUAUUACAAUCCUAAUCAGAGGUUAACAAAGUUUACCACAUUUUGGUGUACUGAACUGACUGUACCGCUUGAGGUAAAAUGUUUAUUCAUUAGGUGUCAGGUUGAAAAACUAGUGAAAAGAUACCGAGGUAUUUCUUUUUUGCGUCAAGGGACACGUUUUGAGAAGGAAUACACCAGGUUAUGAUUGGGUUGUGCUGCAACAAGUGUACAACAUUGCUUAUAAAUCAUUCCAAACACAUUUGCAUCUUGGGACGACAUAAAAAGCAGCUCUUGGGGAUCUGUGCAACAGCACGCUCUAGUGUUUUUAAUAUAGCAUUACAUUAAUUCAUGACUUGGCGCUUCCUUGCUCACACCUGGUAGCAAUGAGAACCGGCUCAUAGGCUCAGGCCAUCAUGGGCUCAUAAACAAAAUUUCUGUUUGUUUGGAUCCUUAAUUUCCACCAUGUUGAUUGAUUUUUUUCAUUAUUGUUAGUUGAGAUUUAAAAAUUAAAAUAAACUGAGCGAACAGGGGUUGAUUUAAAUAACAUUGCAUGUUAUAAAGCUCUCUGAAUGUUAGUGGUUUUCCUAUGUUUUAACACCAAUUAAGAUUUAGCAAGAAAAAAAAAAGGCUCUCAAAGUACCGCUAUCAUGUCCAAUAUUAAAGUACUGCAGCGUAGUAGGCCCAAGUGUUAGUAUUUAUAGCCUCUUUCUAACAUUGGACGUUAAAUAAAAUGCAUUAAAAUUUGAACUAAAACUGGUACCUAAAUAUACGGCUCAAUGCAAACAGUUCUAAAAUCAUACUUUAAAAAAUAAUAACCAAACUUAAAAGUUCAUUUAAACAGGAAUUGCAUUUAAUAAAUAUGCUUGGGUAUUUUAAACUACUGUAUGAUUUCGUCAUUUGAACAUUUAGCUGUGAUUUAGAGGAAGAAAUUAUUUUUUUUAACAAAGUGACGCACAGAAUUUGCAAAAUUAUUUUGUAGUGCAAGAUCAACAAUAACGUAACAUCAAAUAAUCUUUUGGGUAGAUAAAAAUAACGCGAUAAAAUAGCAUUGAAUAGAAUAAACAAAAAAAUCAGGGAAACAAUGCUAUUAUUGAACAGCUAGACAUGAAAUUAGUAAUUAACAAAAUUACAACAAUUAGCAAAACUAAAUUAAAAUACAAAUACUGUAUUUCAUUUAAAUCCAACCAUGUAGCGUAAACAUUUUAACCCUGGGUUGCUCUACUGCAUCUUUUUUAUUUGCCUAACUAGCAAUCACAUGUGCAGUAUGUUUGGUCAUGAUUAAAGGCUAAUCACAUCAAAAAAAACAUUUUACUACCAAAUGAUUCAUAUUUUAAUGGAUUUUUUUAUAUAAUAGAAAGCAACUAAAGAGGAUAUGAUUCAAAGCUUUAAGAAAAUGUUAGCCCCAUUUUUUUUUUUUUUUUUAACAGGGGUGACUAAUGCCGUGUUGCAUUUGGGCUAAUCAGGUAACAGCCAUGGAUUUACUAUACUUUAAAAUUGUGCAUGCAGCUUUAAAAGCCAUGUACCUGCAUUGCUGUACUUUCCUGCAAUAUAGCAGUGUCUGCUCUGCUGACUGACUGUAUUAAGACAAUAUAUGUUUGAUGGGUUUAUUCCUUUUCUUGAUUUCUUAGUGCACAACUGCUGUUGUGUGUUUUACUUUCUGAAUGUAUCGUUUUACACACUGCGACCAUUCCUUGAUAUGAAAAGAAUUAUACUUUGCAGUGCUUUCAAGAACUUUUAAAUGUUAUUAUAAAAAAAUGUGUUGAUUUCAAUAGUACUGUUACAUUUUUUAUAUAUGUUGAAUGUUACACAUUUAUACGUAUGCACACAUUUUUGGUUUUACUCUACUGCAAACGCAACCACAAACUUUGGCAGAUUGUUAGCUGACAACUGUUUCAAGCAAGCAUAUUUGUCAUGGCAACGAUCGUUAUGUAUCUUCUUGAUUUUCUUGAGUAUCCUUGACGUUAUAUUAAAAAGGUGCAGUGCAUCAUAAACCCAUGUCACGUCACAAAGACUGUCAUUUGUAAUUAUUAUUAUUAUUUUUUUUAAUACAAAGGGGACUUUAUUUUAAAUCUGGUGAAGUGGAAUUUCUAGCCUUCCAUUUUUUGGAGUUUCAAUGGUCAAGAAACAACAAUUUUUGUUUUCUGCUAUUUUUAAUAAAACACCAAGACAUACAACUAACAUUUCAUAUUACCAAUGGAAUAAGAAUAUAUUCACGUUUGUGUAGAUCAGAUACGUCCAAAGUCUGGCCCGGGGGCCAAAUGUGGCCCGUGGUCAAAUUUCAUCCGGCCCCCAGCCUCUGUCCUAAAAUCAAUAACGUCUGGCCCGCACACAGACUUAAUAAAUUGGUCAGCAGUACUGUUACCAGCAUAUGAAGUAGCUUACACACUAAAUGCUGCUCUUCAUUUACCCACUAAAAGGCAGCAGCACUCUAAGCAACAUUACCCCGUGUGACCCUUUACUUCCAAUUUUCUAAAAUGGCGACAAUCAACAACAAAAAAGUUGACUGCGACGGCCAACGCCUCAACGUUAGGUGGAGAUUAGACUAUUUCUUCACUAAAAUACGCAACAACUGCGUCUGCCUCAUUUGCAAAGAGACAGUCGCUGUUUUUAAAGAGUUCAAUGUAAGGCGAUAUUACCAAAAAAGACACGCUGACAUGUACAAGAUUACAGGGAUGAAACGCAGCGAGAAAUUGAAGCAACUUGAAGCUAGUUUAAUUUCACAGUAGCGGUAUUUCGUAAGAGUCUGAGAGUUGAAUGAGAAAACCACAAAGGCUAGUUGCGAGAUUGUUGAAAUUAUCAAUUAAAAAAAAAUAAUAAUAAAGCAAAUGUGACACACAGAAUGGCUUGCAAAAAUUUGCUUAAAUAUAUUGUUCUACGUGAAGGACGUCAGCCAAGGUCGGCCCCCCACAUUUUUACCACACCAAAUCUGGCCCCCUUUGCAAAAAGUUUGGACACCCCUGGUGUAGAUGGUGUCAUUCAAUCAUUUUGAGAUGGCAGAGCAAAAUGUUGGUCAGCCUCAUGCCAUAUAAAGUAUUUGAAUAUUUGAUAUUAUAUUGUCCUUUUGAUUUCUCGCGAAGUACAUAGAAAUAUUCAUCCCUAACAUGGAUAUAGUGGAUAUAGUUCACCCACAAUGCUUUGUGUUAUGGUUUGAGGUGUCUUUUACAACAAACUACUAGAGCCAACAUAACAUUUAUACAGCCCCAGACAAAAGUCUUGUCGCUUAUCCUUUUUUAGAAACAAUUGC